AUGGCAACAUCUCAAAAACAACUUAAAAUAGAUAUAACUAGUGAUAAUAUUUGUCCUUGGUGUUAUGUUGGAAAACGUCGUUUAGAAAAAGCACUUUCUCAAAUCGAUAAAUCCAAUGUAAAUGUAUCGAUAUCAUGGUAUCCAUAUGAAUUAGAUCAUGGUCUUCCACAAGAUGGAUCACUUCUUAAAAUGGAUCGUUAUAAGCAAAAAUUUGGUGAAGCACGUGUUAAACAAAUGGUACCACAAAUGACUGAAACAGGAAAACAAGAAGGAAUUAAUUUUUCAUUUGGUGGUAAAAUUGGUUCAACAUUUGAUUCACAUCGUCUUCUUCAUUAUGUUAAACAACAAGAAAAUGGAGAAAAAAAACAAAAUGAUUUAAUUAAUAUUUUAUUUCGUGCUUAUUUUGAAGAUGAACAAGAUUUAUCUGAUCAUCAAGUAUUAACUAAAGCAGCUGAACAAAUUGGUUUUAAUGGAAAUGACAUCAAACAAUUUCUUCAAUCAGAUCAAUAUAAAAAAGAAGUUCAACAUGAAAUUAAUCAAAGUCAACAACAAGGUAUUUCCGGUGUACCACAUUUUCGUAUUAAUGAUAAAAUUGAAUUGAGUGGAGCUCAAGAUCCACAACAAUUUAUUCAAGCUUUUAGAAAAGCUGGUGUUAAUGUUUAA